UGUGCAAAACCCUAAGGGGUUAUCUCUCUCUGCUCUUAAGUUCGGGGUGUGUUUUCUUGAUCGCCUUCUUCUAUCAGUCUAGCCCUCUCUCGAUCUCCAUCUUCUCUUGACGCUGACUACUCAUCGGAGGUCUCUGUUCUUACAAAGUGCAUGGAGGAAGAGCUGAGGAGAUGCCAGAUUCAUGAAUGGUACCCAAAGUUCAAACCCCACUCCAUUCAAACCAUUUUUCAUUCUCUCCCCGACUCCUUCGUCCGCUACAUACUUGGACAACCUAUUUCAGCCUCCAAUGACAACAAUGAUGAUGCCGAUGACACCACUACAACUGCACCACCUUUCCUCCUCCCAAAAUCCAUCUCUGGCCGUGAUCCUCUUCCACGCACCAAUGGUUCUCGUCUUGAUCCUGUCUCCUCUCUCUCACUUUUCGACUCAGAGUCUGAUGAUGAAGAAGACGAUAAUAAUGAUGACCAACCUUCAUUUCCUGACCUUGAAUCCGACAUUGUCCACUCUAUCACCACCCUCGGCGGCUCAGUCUUCCCGAAGCUAAAUUGGAGUGCUCCGAAGGAUGCUGCUUGGAUCUCAGCCGAUGGCACUCUCCGCUGCACUUCCUUUGCUGACAUUGUUCUCCUUCUCAAAUCUUCUGACUCAAUUGCCCACGACCUCUCUCAUCCUGCUCUUAACUCCUUUACCCUUGCCCUCCGCAAAUAUUACUCAUCUAUGCGCCCAGAAAUGGAGUUUCGCUGCUUUGCUCGUCAUCGAGAACUUGUUGCGAUCUCUCAGCGUGAAAUCACUUCCUUUUAUCCUGUCCUGCUUGAUUGUAAUCAUGAGAUCCAACCCUUGAUUGAGUCUUUCUUUUUGAAGAUUGUAAAGCCGAGGUUUGAGUCGGAGAAUUACACGUUUGAUGUUUAUGUGACGGGGGAUGGUAGGGUUAAGGUUUUGGAUUUUAAUCCUUGGGGAGCAUUUACAUUGCCAUUGUUGUUUGGAUGGGAGGAGUUGGAGACUGAUGGGUUUGGGGUGGAGGGCGUGGAUUUUAGGAUUGUGGAGAGUCAGAUGGGGGUGAGACCUGGGUUGAAGACAGCAGUGCCAUAUGAUUAUCUGGAUACUGGAGAAGGGAGCGGAUGGGAUCAGUUCUUGAAGAGGGCCGAUGAGGAGCUGAGGAGACAGCAAGUUCAGAGUUCAGAAUCUGAUGCUUGAAGAUUGUAGGUUUAUCGGUUUACAAGGAGGCUCUUGGGAGAUAGUAAUCCCUCUGUUUAGAUGCUGAUGAGGUUUACCGGGAAUGAAUCCUUGUUAAUUUUUAUUUCUUUUCUCUUCUUUUUUUUCACUUCCUUUGGUGGUUAUUUAUGAGGUACUACUGUGAUUCUGUAAGAAAGGAACUGAAAGUAUAGAGUUCAUGUCACACGUGUGCUGUUUAUCUAAUAUCAGAUGUUAGUAGCAAGUGGCUUAAUUAUUCA